AUGGCGACGGACCCAACUCCUGAGUCCGACUAUCACAACCUCCGUUCGACCGUCUUCAACUCCAAGGUGCAGGAGCUGACUCAGCGGACUGCCGACCUAGGCCAACGCCGCCUUGCAGCACUACCCGGCGAAGCCAACACCGCGCUGCGUGCCAAGGAGGUGGAGUGCGGCAAGCUGGCUAAAGAGCGUGACCGACUGGUUGCGCAACUAGCGGAGCAGGCGGAGCUUCUCAAGAAGGUCCAGAAGGAGGCGGAGAACAAGGAGACCAGCCUCCUUGCUGAGUUCGCGACCGAACGCUCCGCCUGGACCGACAAGGAGGCGAUGCUGACUUCCGGCUUUCACAAGAUUGAAGACAUAGUUGAUGACUUCUUCGCUGGUCAUUCUAACGCCGCCAAUCAGGCCAUUGAAGCUGAUCGCGAAGGACGGAGGGCGGAAGGUGCGCAGAUUGCUGCCAACGCCCCCCGGACCCUUAGCGAGCAGCUCCUGAGCACCGAGGAGGCCCAGGAGGAGCUGGUGACAGUAGAGGAUGGCCUUGUCAAGCGCGCGGCGGCAAUCGCCGAGUAUACUGACACCAGCGUCUUCAUCCCAGAGCGGGCCGAGAACGGCGCCGAGGCGCCACCAGAAUGGUUCGGGCUAAACCCGGAGGACAGCGAGGACUCGGCCGAGGUGAUCAACUCCAGUGGCGAAGAAGAAGACGAGGAGGGGGAGGAAGGCGAAGAGGAGGCGCCACAGUCUCGACGGACUUGUUAA